CAACACAGGGACAGGAAGCUACAGGAAGCCCAGCUGGGCCACAAGAGUGACCCACAAUCGUGAGGGACGCAGCAUGGAAGAACACCGGCCAGGACCACCACAACGGGGGAUCCAUGCGUUCUGGGUUCUAGGUCGUAACAGGUUCUAGGCUGCAGUAGCCCGGACCGCUUUUGUGCCCACUGGAUGUCCCAAGUUUUGGAAUGGGAGACCUGCAGAGGUGCCUAGCUACCGGGGAAUAUGGCAUGCUGAAGGAUUGUCCCCUGUUUGAAAGCAAUUUCAUGCAGGUUACCAAGACAGGAGACAUAGCCAACAGGGUCACUGUGGGCAUUGCUGCCACCAGCCCAAGCCUGGAGCUGCCAGAUCUCAUGCUCCUGGCCCGACCCGGCUCAUGCUUAACAGGGCAGUUCCAGUGUGAGUGUCCCGAUCCUGAAGCAUCGCCAGGCCCCGACGAUGAGCUGCAGCUCUUUGGGCUUCUGCCCUUGAAGUUUGUCCGGAUCUACAUCCACGACGAGACGCGAUACCAGCUCAAAAUCCGCCUGGCCAACGGCCGCACCUUUUACCUGCAACUUCUGGCACACCCCCUCAAACAAGAGCAUGUCUUUGGGCAGUGGGUACGACUGCUCUACCGCUUGCGCUUCCACCAAUCUGACGCUCCAGUCGGUUAUGAGCAGGUGAACAACCAGCAGAACCGGAGGUCCAGCAGACAACAGUAGGAGGAAAAGAAAGCGUGUUCUCCAGGUGAGGAAGAAGACAAUGACUCUUGGGGAAACCAAGGAUUUCUUUUAUCUGUCCCCCGAAACUAAUGCAGAAGAAGGUCCCCCUCCCUGGCAGGCUGCCUGGCCUUGGACACCGUUCCUCCUCACGUGAAGCCGUCGCAAUGCGCCCAAGGAGGAGACCGCAUCCCCGUUUCUUCCCCCCUCACA